AUGGAAUCAGCUAAAGUUCUUCGACUUUUCAAUUCCUUAAGGAUUCCUAAUGUGAAGCGACGGGAGUUAUCAAACAUUUUAAAGAAUUAUGGUAUUCCAGCUGUAUACGAAGUUUGGCAAAAAGAGCAAUCUGCACGGCUAAAAGAAAUUGAGGGAAAACCAGUUGUAAUUGCAUCUGAUAUGCGUGUUGACAGCCCUGGUCACUGUGGUCUUCUUGGAUCGGGAAGUACGCUCGACAUGGGACGAAACAUCAUAUUGGAUACACAAAUAAUUAAGGUAAUGCACAUUGAAAAUAAUAACUAUGAAUGAAAACUUGUGUUUGCAAAAUUAAUACUAAUGCAAAAUUAAUAAAUAAUUAACUAAUAAAUAGGGAAUAUAAAAUCAAGUACAGCCUUUUAAUAAAAAGUAAUAAUUAAUAGUAAUAAAAUUAAUUUUAAAUAUGCUCAUAAAUAGUUCAUGCUUGAUAGGCCUGUUUCACAUGUCCAACAUUUCAUGUGCGGGUGUGCCCAAGCAAAGGCAAAUGACCUGAAGUAACGUUAUAUUUGUUUGAGCUCAUUUGCAUUUGCAUGAAAAUUGAGAUGUGAAACAGGCUUUAUAAUUCUGAGAAAAUUAUUGUCAUUUUAAUAUUUUCAUAGUCUACAGAAGUAAAAAAUUCAAAUGCAAUGGAGCUAGAAUCUUUGAAAGCCUUUUCUCAGAAUUAUAAAACUUAAAUGCUUGGAGGACAAUAAAGUUCAGGUGACCAAACUUGUGACAGAUCGCCACACUCAAGUCUCGGCAUACAUGGCAAAUGAGAAACCAAAUGUUGAGCAUUCUUAUGAUGUUUGGCAUGUGGCAAAAGGUAGGUAAAACUUACAUUACAUGGUACUGUAUGCCUGCAUGUUUACAUUCUUUGCAGGUAGGCAAAAGCAAUUUGCUAAGCUAGGGGCAGUGGGUAUUAAAUUUUCUUUACACUAGUGUUUAUUUUAAAGGUGAAAAGAAGAAAUAUUAAUUUGGGUAAGUAAUACAUAUUACAAUGCACAGUAUUAGAUAGUAGACAGAUCGCACUAUUACCAAUAAUAUCAAUAAUGAUUAACAUGUUCAUUAAUUUUGUUGUUUGGCAGUCCAUUGUUAAUCAUAUUUACUGGGUUGGUGAUUCAAGCAAGGCUGCUGAUGAGAGGGAGGAAAAAUGGCACAGUAUUCUGAACCACAUUGUGAAUGUUCACAAACAUGAUGGCCAUAAGACCUUUGUUGAAUGUCUUCAUGGCCCACUAGAAAGAGAAUGGCUUAAACAAGGUUGGGUAAAAUAAGAAGUUGAACUAUUUAUAGGCAUGUUUAAAUUCGACAUUAACUGAAUGUAGGCUAAUAAUAGUAUUGUGCCCAACUUCCCAAUGUGCCCUACUUUAUUAUUUACUCUCCCCUUGACGAGUAAAAUCGUCUGGCGUUAGAUAGAGUAAAAUACUGUAGUAAAGUAGGAUGCAAUGCAACUAAAUGGGUUAACUAGACACAUGGACAGAUAGGCCAGUUACCCAUUAAAUGCCAGCGCUCUUCCCUUGAUGAGUAAAAUCGUCUGCUGUUAUACAGAGUAAAAUAAUAAAGUAUUGGCACAUCAGGGCACAAUGCAACUCAGUAGGUUAAAUGCCAGACGAUUUUACUUGGAGGGUCUUGCAUACUAACAGUAACGUUAGUACAAGCAUUUAUAUUUUAUUUGUAUUAUUGCAGGAUCUGCUGCAUACAAAAAAAUAACAGAGAUGUUAACUAGGCCUCAACUAAUUACAGCAAUUCGUAAGCUAUCCCAAUACCAUCAAACAUCUGGUUUGGAGGCUAAACAUGCUCUGGAUAACAUCCUUGCAUCAAAAAACAUAUACCAUCCCUAUCAUUCAUUAAGUGCAAGGUGAGGUUCUCUUUUUCUAAUAUUAACAGCAUAAAGUUAACAUAUCUAUGUGAUCAUGUACAUUUGAGUUAGGUGUGCUACAUCUGUGGUUACACAGGCAAACAACAUUGCAGUUAUUUGAAAAAAUAGCAAACACCUAGCCUGUGAAUAUAAAUAGAAUAUUUUAAUAUAUUUGCAAGCUAGCAAACAUCAGGUGGUUUCCUAUUUUUAAAAUUUGAUAUUGUUUCUGCAGGUUGUACUGUUCAAACUUGCACUAUAAUGAAAACAGCAAUAGGAAACAAGCUACAACAGUUGAUGGGAAGCUUAGAUGGGCAAUUUCAUAUCCCAAGGCAUUUAAAGGAGAAAAGGCAGUAGCAAAACGAUUGAAAGAAAUGCCAACCUAUGGUAAGAAUUAUAUUUUCCUGAUGUAGGCCUUGCAUGCUAGUUAGCCAUGAAGUGGCAAUUGUGUGACCUCAUCUAUUUUGCCUGAUGCUUUGAUUUAAUAGAGAUUGGCUCAUUAACCAAUUUCACUGCAAUGCCUCUAAAUAGAUCCUACUUUAUUAUUUUGCUCUGCCUAACAUGCAUCUCAGCUGGGAGCAAGUCACUGACAAAUAAUAAUAGGUGCAAAAAAGAUUUUAAGUUAAAAAUUUAUUUUUAUAGGAUAUGUGGAAUUGAUUUUAAAUGAAGUUGUUCACCUAAGACACAAGUACCCAACUCUUAAGAAAGCCAAGGUUCAUGCAAAUGAAGUUCUACCAGUUGAACCAAAAUCAUUAGUUGAACAGUACUUGGCAGGAAAGGAUCGACCUUCAAAGGAACAGGUGGUAGCCAGUCGGAAAUCUCGGUUCAGUAAACCAGCUUUACCUGUAAAUAAAGAGAGAGCAUCAGAAAUAAAGCCUUGUGCAUGCAAAGGAAAAUGUGCCACAAGAAAGUGCGAUUGUAGGGGAAUGGAAGUGAUGUGUGACACCAAGUGCAAAUGUAAAAUAGAAAGUGUAUCAACCGCAAAUGAGACGAAUUUGGGCUUUUUCUCAAUUCAUGCACAACUGAAAUAG